AGCCACAGAACUCAGCCAAAAAAUUCCAAAAAAAAACAGUAGCAGCAGCAUCCACCACCGCCGCUCCGAUCAUCGAUCGGCCCAUCCUCUGUGUCCACCCCCUCCAGAAGACUCUAUUCACGUUUCGGUCCCUGCCCGCCGGCCACCGGAAGGGAUAGGUCGCCGGAGGAAGCUCGUCUCCUUCACUUCGGCAGGGUCAUGGGGUUCUCAUUGUACCCCAUGAAGACGUCUACGCGCAUGCUCUGGAGCACCAGCUUCUUCCGCCACAAGGUCGCCUCCUGCUUCUGAGCCGCCCACCCGCCUCGAUAGCCUCGGUGGCGGCGGUCGCUGUGCAGCCCUAGUCGCCGGUGAAGUGUGUGUGCGCGCGCGUGCGCGUGUGGUCGGGCGUGCACGGGUUUCAAGAUUGGGUUUUGGUGGGUUCUUGGGGGAGGGAAGGGGCUAGGAGAGGACAAGAACAAGACGCAGCAUGGAUCCGGGCCGCGUGGGGUUUGACUCCGGCGGCGCACGGCAGGGCGGCGGCGCACAGAUGCUGCUCUUCGGCGGCGGCGGCAGCGUCAGCGCCAACAGCAACGGGUUAAUCCAAUGCGUUCCGAUGGCGGUGCUGGGCAGGUACGAGGACGCGCGGGUGGGCAAGCGGCCCUUCUUCACGACGCACGAGGAGCUCCUGGAGGAGGAGUACUACGACGAGCAGGCGCCGGAGAAGAAGCGGCGCCUGACGGCGGAGCAGGUUAAGCUGCUUGAGCGGAGCUUCGAGGAGGAGAACAAGCUGGAGCCGGAGCGGAAGACCGAGUUGGCGCGGCGGCUGGGGAUGGCGCCCCGGCAGGUGGCCGUCUGGUUCCAGAACCGGCGCGCGCGGUGGAAGACUAAGCAGCUCGAGACCGACUUCGACUGCCUCAAGGCCGCCUACGACGCGCUCGCCGCCGACCAACAGGGCCUCCUCGCCGACAACGACCGCCUCCGGGCACAGGUGAUCUCCCUAACCGAAAAGCUACAAGGCAAGGAGACGUUCCCCUCAGCGACCACCGCGGCGCAAGAGGUCGACCAGCCGGACAACCACACUACAGUGUCAGGCACGCAGAAACUGCUGGCGCAGCAGUUCAAGGAAGACCUCAGCAGCGGUGGCCACGGUGCGCUCUCCUCAGAGGAGGAGGACGGCGGCAUGAUCAGCGACGAGGGCUGCAGCUUUAACCUCCCGGACGCCAUGUUCGCUGCUGGGUUCGCCCACCACGCUGCGGAGGAGGAGGCGCAUUUUGGCAGCUGGGCUUCCUGGUUCUUAAACAACUGAGGUGGAUGGUUGAAUGGGUCCAUGAAUCAAGUGCAAAGAGAAGUCCUCUCCUGGUCUCGAUCCUUUUCGGCACCAUAUAAUUAUUGUGUUAAUUAUGUGCCAUCAAAUGUUUUUUGAGUCAGCAAACAGUACUGGUGUUGUUCCACGUAUAUGUUUUGAAGGUUUUAUAUGUUCAUAUAUGAUAAUAUAUGAAUCGAACUUGUGACUGAAAGAUUGGAAUAAGUGGACGUGUUGACCAAUUGUGCAAUAACAGGCCUGUUGUUUUGUUAAAAGAGUUUUUUAUGUUGUUUGGACAUGAAUCUAUAUCACACUCGGUUCUGUAAAUACGAAAUGCCAUACUCGGUACA